AUGAAGUACAGGAAGUGGCUAGCAGUACUGACCAAACAGGAACGUACUUAUGAUCAGAAGACGUUUAACAAGUACCAUGAAGCCAGUGCAAAGAAUCGAAUCCUUUUAUACAAGCGCUUCACAAAAUAUUGGAUAUUGGGUGUGAAUUUUGAUGUGCCAAGGUCAUCAGAGGACGUUACAACGCGUGCUUUUUUAAUUUUUUCCGUUACUCGUGUUUUUAUUUUAGCUACAUAA